CAUAUUUUCAACAUCAGCUCUUGGUUGCUGGAGGCGCGAGAUGAUGCGUUCUAAUCGAGAGAAUGUUACUCAAAACGAAUUACAGGAUGUUGGGACGUACUGUACAGGUGUCGGCUGCAGAGUUGUUCGGGGGCCUGAUUGGAAAUGGAAUAAACAGGACGGAGGAGAAGGACAUGUUGGUUCAGUCAAAAGGUUCGAUACAUCUGGAGAAGCUAUUGUCGUCUGGGAUUCCGGGAUAGUAGCGAAUUACCGCUGCGGUGUUCUAGGGUUUGAUUUACGUGUAUUAGAUAGUUCACCAACGGGAUUAAGGCAUCCUGGAACCGUCUGUGAAGGUUGUCAUGAGUCUCCCAUAUAUGGGAUUAGAUGGAAAUGUGUAGUGUGUUUAAACACAGAUCUGUGUUCUACUUGUUAUCAUGGCGAUAAGCAUUCGUUGGCCCACCAGUUUUUACGUAUCACUGCACCUUAUAAAACAAGAGUCAUUGUUGGUCGACGAAUGAGGCAGAGGCGUAUAGAAUCAGUGGGCCUCUUUCCUAAAGCUCGUGUUGUUCGUGGCAUAGACUGGAGUUGGAAUAACCAAGACUGCGUUUUGCCCUUCACUUCAUCAAACAGUGCUUCGAUCAUGUUGGGAUCUGGAAGUGCUUGUCGAACCAGCCUUAACUCGGAUGAUAAUGGAUCUUCUGACCCUAUCGUCUUACCUACACAAGGUCGAAUAACAAGCAGAAAAGCUUGGUAUAAUUGGGCUCCACGGUCAGCAGCCACAGUUGCUUGGGACAGUGGGGCGCGUAAUGUUUACCGUGUCGGCUACGGAGGGCAAGUUGAUCUGAAGGCAAUACGACCUGCUAAAGGCGGAGCGUAUUAUGUUGACCACCUUCCAUUACUAGCUGAUCUGAGACAGUAUUCUGAUCGAUUAUGUUCAACCGGAGAUUCAAGUAUAGAGAUAGCAGUUGCAGCAAGACAUGAUUGUGAGAUAAGUCCUGUGGUUCCAAAUUGGACUAAUCUACAGGAUCUCGAGUCCCGCCGACGUCAGAUAUCUAGGACUGUGGAGGAUGACAACAUUUUUCAACGAAGAAUUCUUGCAAGUGAUGGGGGGGUUUAUGAUACUUUAAGCAGAACACAGUGCAGUGAAGGUCGACUUCGAGUUACCGCUAAUGUACUAUCAGCUGAUGAACCAGCAGCAUCAAGUUGUUUAAAUGUUUGCACUCUAGCUAGCAGGCUUCACUUACAACCUUCUUCAAUCGAAAGUUCACAGAGCCAAGACGUUAAUUCACGUCGAUCACACACUCGACUGAAUAGGUCUCAGCACAUCACUUCCACAGACAGAGAGUGUGAAGAUCAGGAUUCUCCCCGCUCAAGCAACAUAUCUGUUGGUAGUCUGAGAAGUUUGCGUGAAACUGCACGUACACUAUUUACGGAUUUUUUGAGGACAAAUGAUUCAAAUCAAACUACGCCAGUCAGUCACGUUAGAUUGAAUUCAGGAACCAACAGCCGUCCAACCAAUCAAUCUCGUCCUAAUACAAGUGAUCCGACGCCAAUAAAUAGUCGUAACAACCGAUCAAUACACAGCCAAGGCUCCAUGAAUGAUCACAGAACUGGUCCGAACUUCAGUACACCUAAUAGUUCACCAGGUUCUCAAAACCAAUACAGAGGUAUACUGCCUCGUGUUGCCAUCAGUAAUCGUGACGGAGUCCUAGCUCUGCCUACGAGGAGUGGUUCACACAAUGAUUCAUCAUCUAGUGAAGAGUUCAUAUCUGGACGUGUGGCCACUUCAGAAGGAGUUAUGAUAGAAGACGACAGUUCUGAAACACAGUUUAUCACCAUACAAUGUUUGUCUGAGCCAUCUCCACGGGUAAAUCAAAGUCACACCGACGACACACAGUCAUUUUUAUCGGCGAAUGUCUUAGAAUCAACUACAUUUAUAACCCUUCAUGAUGAAUCACAAGUAACAAACUUUGAAUCAGCAAAUAUUUUGACUGCUCCACGUCAAAAUAAUGGCUCUGAAGAUUUGAUUCAAGCAGCAAGAGAUGGAGAUGUAGAUCGCUUAAGGUGCCUUCUGCAAAAUCAAAAUGCAGAUGUAAAUGGAACAUCUGGUGGACUGACGGCCCUUCAUGCGGCCUGUCAAGAAGGCCAUUUAGCAUGCGUUAUUUUAUUACUACAGAAUGGGGCUAGGCGAAGGAAUCUGGAUUCUGCAGAUAACGAAGCAAUUCAUUCAGCAGCACGAAGUGGAAAUCUUGAUGUCGUAAGAUACCUGAUGAGAUCAAACAUUGAUAGAGUGGCAAGAAUUGUAGAUAUUUCUGAAGAGAAUAACGUAAAUGAAGGAAAUCUUGUUGAUUUGGAUGAUAACUCUCCAGGAGCAGCUGAUGACAACAAUCUUUUCGAUGGGGAAGACAUUCCAAAUAUAAAUUCAAGGAACUCAGUGCAGCAAACUCCCUUACAUUUGGCUGUUAAUCAACUAAAUCUUCCAAUGGCACAGUGUCUCUUGGAAGAAAUGAAUGCGCUGCCGAAUUUACAGGACUGCGAUGGUGACACACCACUACAUGAUGCUGUUUCCAGUCAACAUACUGGUUUAGUGAGACUGCUGUUACGUCAUAAUCCUGACCUAACAAUUUUAAACAAUUCUGGUCAAAAUGUGUUACACUGUGCUGCAGUUUACGGAAGUGCAGAAAUUACUCGUCUUUUACUCGAACAUUGCGCAUUAACACCGUGGAUAGUGGAUGAGCCACAACCAGAUGGCUUGACAGCUUUACAUCUUGCUUCACUGAGUGGAAAUUUGGAAGCUGUAGAUCUCCUUUUACAAGCGGGCGCUAGUCCAAACCUAGUUGUUCGCCGUCCAACUGGUCUGCCUCCAUUAGAUGGAUGUAAUUCAGAAAUACUAGGCUCCGUAUUUACACCACUCCAUCUUGCUGUUCACAGGGCGCAUCCAGGUGUUGUUUGCAUAUUACUUUGUUACAGAGCUAGAGCGGGUUGUCGCAGCGGAGCAGGACGAAGUCCAAUGCAGUUAGCUCUGACUGCUUUAGCUGAAAAUGAAGAGUCUCAGAGUGCUAAUGUCACACGUUUUGAUGUUGCUCUGGUGCCAUUCCUUGCUUCGGUAGCACGCAUUCUCGUUCGAAUGGCUGAUUCACUAACACUCACGUCAGCUUCGACAGGAGCACCUUCCGGCAGCAUGAAUAGAGGGAGACUGCAUCAAAACAGAAAUAAUAAUGAAGAACAGUUGAUACAGAUUGACAAUGAUAACGAAGAGGAAUCUAACCGAAAUACAACAGCCGACUCAUCAACUCUAACCUCCCCAAGCCCUUUGUGUCGGCGCUUGAAGUCUACAAUCGAGGCAACUCUACAAAUAGGUGUUUCGCGUAAUGUGCUUAUUGCUGCAUGUUUAGCUUCAGCUAUAGGUGCAGAAUCGUGGUCAUCCCGUUUUUCAGAAGUUACUUUAGAAAGUGUCGAAGAGGAUAUAGAUAAUGCGAGCGCCGAAAUGAUCAGUGAAAAUUUCUUUACAGAUAUUUUUCGGGAAUGUACUGAUCCCGUUCUGCAGUUAACUUUACAGCAAUGUCACAUGGAAGCCUUAAACUUCAUGAAAUGUUGUCCAAUAAAUAGUGAAUCAGUAAAUCGUAGUCCUAGGCGUGAAAUUAACCAACCUAAUUCUCCCUUGCCUCAACUAAUAUCUGAUAGUGAUGAAGAAAACUUAGUUGACGCAUUGUUCCAAACUGAUAAUCGUCAAAUAUCUCAAACAGAUUUGCUUCCAAGUUGUUCAGUUGUAGGAUCAAACAAUUCCUACAUAAUACAACCGUCAAUAAUGAAUCAAGCAGCUGAAAAUCCUUUGAAUCAACCAUUUUCUAUUGAGAAUCAACUUAUUCCUGAACCAAAUAACCUGCAUUUCAAUUUAUCUCAGUCAAGUAUUUAUACACUUCUUCCACCUACACUUGAUGAUAUUGAUUUAGAGUGGCGGGAGUGUCUAGUAUGCUCUGAGCGAAAUAGAUCUACAAUUAUGUUGCCAUGCGGUCACAUUAUAACUUGUGAGACGUGUACACCGUUAAUAAAGAAGUGUCUUUUAUGUCGACAAAGGAUUACAGGAUAUCAUAAAUUUGCACCAUGCUGCGAAUGUGGUCUGUCAAAUGGUGUAGUGUUAGCUAGACCAUGUAGUCAUAUGCUUUGGUGUAAAUCUUGUUUAGAGACUAAAGUGCAUCAUCUGGAAAUUAUCCACCAGAUAUCAACUAUCAGUUUUGGCGGUGAUGAUGAUGACGAAAGUGGUGGAAGUCGAAUUAAUACAGCUAGCAACAAUGUCAUCAACAGUAACAAUCUUUCAUUAUCAACAGCUGUGGCAUCAGAAGCAGUAGCAUCUGCAUCAACAUCAACAGGUAUUGCUGCUAGUACUACUGCUGUCCAAUCAAAUCGAGAUAUUGACGAGUUAGAUCCAUUAUUUUCACGUGAUGUAACAGCAGCGUCAUCAUUCAUUACAAAAAGAAACAACAUAAAUUCGUGGCGAAAUGUACCAUUAGGUCGUUUACUAUCAAUGAUAACGAAACUUCACAGUUUACUGGACGAAUUGUUAACCGGAGGGAUUUGUUUAAGCGGAUGCCCAGCGUGUGGAAACUCUGUGCAGUCGUUAUGGCCAGUAAUAGUAGCCUGUUCUGGAGUCAAUCAUCAGUCUACUAGUGUUGCCUUAGGACAAGAUAGGAGAGAUUCAAAUCCAUUUACUGUGAAUUCUUCAAAUAACAAUGAAACAAACCUUAUUCCCAAUGUUUCCAAUAUUACAAAUGUAUUGCCUACGAAUAAUUCUGUCUUGGGCAACGUUCAGACGGAAAUGGAAUUAGUUCAGAACCAACUUCUUUCAAAUAAACCACCACACAAUCUCCCUCCUAUGGAUAAUCAGACGCUCAGUGGAUUGGUGAAUACAUCUAACCGACAGGCUGUAAUAGCACCGAACAAUCAGUUACAUCAAGGUCCGAGUCGAGCUGAUAUACGUGGGCGACCACAAGGUCAAAGAGCUCCACUGUGUGACCGUGAGGUACGUAGACUGAAACAUGAGCUUCAAGUGAUGAGGGAACAGGUGGGUGUCUUCUAUAUUAAUAUAGAUUGUUUGUGAAUGAAUGUUACAAAUCUCAUUACAAGUAAUCAACAAUUUUCAUUAAUUAAAUAAACUGCCUUGUUGUGAUAGAUUAUGUUUGAAUAUUAAUUAUUACGGACAACCUAACUUUACUGCAAGAUAUCAAGUUUCGUCAACCACUUAUUCAAAUCGUAUUGUAUAUUUACCUCGAGUAGCUCACAGCUACACACUUGACUAGAAUGCGAACUCAUCAGCCUACUAGACUAGUUUCAUUCAAUGACAAAGUCACUCUUCAAAUUUAACCUCUUAUUUGUAUUAUUUGUAUAAGAGACAGUCAUAGAUUUAGCGUUCAUAAACACAUGUUAACUUUGUUACCCUUCAUGAAAUGUUAAAGUAGAGAUACUAGAGCGGUGCACUAUACAAGACUAUGAUAUCCUUGAUCAUAAAAAUAACUAUAAAAAGGUGAUAUUCUCACGAGAAAUUCAGCUAUCAAACUACUUCAUCGAGGGACAAUUCGAAUUUUUUGGCGUUAAUGAAAUGCCAAAGUUUUCCAUGAUAUUUGCAUUUCAUGCUAUUCAUAAAGCAUAAAAAGGCAGUCACAAAGUCUCACUAUCGUUAGCGCUACCACUAUAUCAUCUGAAAAGUUGUCAUUGUUUUUUUUCAGAAGAAUGGAUACUGAACAAAGAAUACUCUUUACGAUAACUUCUUCAUCAGGUUCUACAGUCAUAUAUACAUAAUGGUGAAUGAAUUAGUGUCAUUAACAACAUUUAUGUUUAAAUAAUAUUGAAUCAAUUAUAAUAUCAAUAGAUUACAGUUCAAUAGCAUCAACAUAAAAAUAAACUGAAUGUCACAAAAAUAGGAAAGAUAAUAAUAGAAAUUCAUGAAUUUAUAGCCUCCACUGAAGGCCAGGGCUUCUUUUGCACAGAAAGCACUGACUGUUUAACGCGAAUAGCGACAGCCUCUGCUGUUUGGAGCAUGUCGUGUUUCGAUGUUUUUGUCAAUUUAUUUGGCACCCGGUAGAUGAUAGACAAGGAUUCUUCAACGCUGCUGUUUAGAAAACACUGAUUUCCAAGUGGAAGUGAUAUUCUCUAUAAAAAGAAAAAUGACUAAAGUUCUAGAAAUGCCUUUGUAGAAAAUUGGAUAGCCAUCGGAGAGUCAUGACUGCUAUAAACUUAAAGUUCUACUGAUACUGUUAACAACUUUUAAUAACCUAAAGGAAAAAAAAUAUCCAUAUUUAAGGGAGUUAUACUGAACUCAUUAGGUAUCUUCACUUUCAUGAGCCAGUCGUAUAUGAACCUAAUGUAUAAAAUACGAAAGAGUCUUCUAAUUUAUUGGAUAAGUUUGCGAUUACCUAUAUUCAUAAAUAUAAUGUGAUCACUGAAAUGUUUCCUCUAACUUUAUAUAGCAAAAGUGAAAUCCCUGGAAUUUUUAGGAAUGCUGUCACAUAUUUUACAUAAAUUUCAUUGUACAAAGACUUCUGAUACAGAGUAAAUCAAAAGAAAGAUAAUUACAGUUGUGCAGUUGCAGCAUACAGCUGAGAGAAUUAACUGACACUGAUAAAUAUCAGCCUGAGCUAAAAACAUUUUCAUCAUUUUGAAGUACGCUUAAAUUAAACCUGAUAGUCAGAAUAACUUUCCUAAUCAAAUUUCAAAAGAGUAGUUAAUGAUGUAUACAAGUACAUGGUUUUAUUUUUCUAUAACACGAAACAGAUAAAAACUGUUGGCAUAUGUUUUCGACAAUGAUUAAGUGGGCGCAUCGGCUAGUUAAAAUAUGUUCAUUAUGAUAGUUUUAUCUAAAGAAUAAAAUACGUUACCAUAAUUUUGUGAAAAACUUUGCAUCUAGGUUUUUUACUUGUCGGUACACAUUAGUUAAUACCUCUCUAAAACUUUACAGAGCCUAUAUUCCUUCUGAGAUGGGCACUUGCUUUACUCAUUGUUGAUAUUAGAGGUUUUAUCAUCAAUGCUGCAUACUUUGAUAAUCACCGUGAACCUGUGGUUUCCGUAUACACAGUAAUACAAGAACACAUCGGUUUGUUCAAUUUGUCCAUAACCAAAAUCUAUAAUCACUUUUACUGGAUAGGCGACAAACUCAUUUAGUUUUUGAUUUUGUACAAUGUUUAUUUAUAACCACUGGUUUUUUAUAUGCUUUUCAGAUUCGAUGCCCCAUAUGUUU